CUUUCAUAUUCCUUGAGCCAUAUAUACCACCAAAGAUGGCAAUGGGUAAAGGCAGAUCGCCUUCGGAUAGAAAAGCAAAGGGAGGCUUUGGUACCAGUGACCAUGUGAAAGCACGUCAAGAGAAGAGACAAGGUCGAAGUAAUAGCAGUGGCGGUCCAAAGAGCAUUCAUGAUGUUUUCGAAUAUGCAACUGAACAAGAAGAACGCGGAAAGGGUGGAAAUAAUAAAGGAUCUCAAAGACGGUUACAGAGAGCCACUACGAACGGUACAGAAAUGUUUGAUCGUCCGAAUGGCAAAAGGGCAGCAGCAGAUGACUCUGAUGAAGAGGAAGAGGAUGAACAUGAUGCCCGAGCUCAUGCAUCUUCAAGUAAACGACCAGAUUACGGUACAGCACCCAUCUUAGGAGAUGAUGAUGAAAAUGAGUACCACGUCACAGAAAUCGCUUCAGAAGAUGAUGAGGAAAUCGACUCAGAUGAAGCUUUCGGUGAGAGUGAUGACGAAAGGUACGCUGAUUGGAAAUUUGCCAGCGAUAAGAACAAGAAGCAAGGGAUGAAAGGAAAGCGAUCUAGAGGUCCAGCGAACGAUGAAGAGGAUGAAGAGGCUUCAAGCGGCAGUGACGAGGAAGAAGAUGAAGAUGAUGCGGACAUGAUGGAUCUAUCAAAAAUGCUGGAUGGCGGAAGUGAGGAUGAUUCUGCAGAUGAUGAUGAAGACGACGACGACGACGAUGAUGAUGAUGACGACGAAACACUUCAGAAGCACAUAGAAGCGUUUGGCAAAGGAACAUCGAAGCGUGAUAGCGAAGCUGCUGCACUUGGCUCUGGACCUUCAGCGAACAAGAGAAGAGUGUUACAAGAUCGCACUGAAGCCGUUCCCGAAGGUGAAUGGAAUGCUCCGAUUCGUCGGGAAGGAGCGGGCUUGACAAUCGAUGAUCUAUUGAAGCCUAUUGCUGAUCACAAUGGUACAUCAUUAACUGCCUUGCGAGGCACAGCUAAAGCUCUUCGUCCUCCCACAUCCGCCAAUGACAAACAACCAGUAGCAUCCAAAAAGGGAGGUGGUAAAUUACAUGCACCUCUACCAACCAUCGUACAAGAUCGUUUGGACCGCUCUGCAGCGUACAAUGAGACGAAAGCCGAGGUGGAUGGUUGGCAACCAACUAUCAAACGUCUAAGGGAAGCUGAACAUCUUUCAUUCCCACUUCAACCUGAUCCAGUCGUACGUCCAUCUACUGCUGCUCUAGCUGGAAACUUUAAAGCGUCAAACGAUUUUGAGCAAGAUAUCGCAGCCAUGUUGGAACGUGAAGGUGCUACGGAGAAACAAAUGACGAAAGCCGAAGAGUUGGAGAUGAACAACAGAGGCAUGUCUGCUGAUGAAAUCCGAAGAAGAACGGGUGAACUUCGUCGUAUGCGUGAGCUACUAUUCCGAGAAGAGCAAAAAGCCAAACGGGUCAGUAAGAUCAAGAGUAAGACAUACCGUCGUAUUGCAAGAAAGCAAAAGCAGAGGGACGAGGAAAAAGCCCGACAAGCAGGUCUGCUCAACGGUGAAGGGGAUGAAGAGGACGAUGAAGAAUCUCGAAUGAAAGCUGAAAGAGCACGAGCAAAGGAACGUGCCACUUUGAAGCAUAAGAAUGCCGGAAAAUGGGCGAAAGAUGCAAUUGGUAUGAAAGGAAUUCACGAUAUGCCUGAAACACGCAAGGCUGUUGAAGAUCAGCUGUUGCGGGGUGAACAAUUGCGAAGAAGGAUCCAAGGGGAUGGAUCGGAUGACGAUGAGGACGAUAGUGAUGCUGAUACCAUGCAAAGCGACGAUAACAGGGACAAUGAUCGAGAAAGAGGAUUUGAUGAAAUGGCAACAUUGAAAAAGAAUCUAGCAGAGGAAGAUGCAAAUGUUGCAAAUGAGGGAGAGAAGAAAGGUGUCUGGAAUAUGAAGUUCAUGCGUGAAGCACGCGAACGUCAAGCGAAGGAUUCGUUAGAUCAGAUGGACGCAUUUGAGAAAGAGAUGCAAGAGAAUGAGGGCUCAGAUGAUGAUGAAGUCACUGCUGCAUCCAUGCAAAUCGGUCAGAAUGCCGGUCGACGUGUGUUUUCAGCCACAUCGGAUGCCGUCCAGAACGGUAAAGCUGCCGGUGAUGAAGGAGAGGAAGAGGCUUCACACAAACCAAAGGCGUACAAACCAUUGACAAAGACGGAUGCAGUGAAUAUUCGAGUAGAUGACGUUCGACCGAUUGAUAGCAAAACCUCUAAGGGCAAAGAUGAGACAAAAGACGUCAAUCCAUGGCUGGUAGAUGCUUCUCAAUCCAACAAGGUUUCACGCAAAAAGAACGAGGCCACGAUUAGCAAAGACGGUAGUGCACUCAAUAAAGCAGCCAAUCGAAUUCAGAAACAUGCUAGCAAGAAUGAUGAUGCGCGUUUAGCCGAGCAGCAGGAUGGCGAGCUUGUCAUUGAUCCUGAAGCACAACUAGCAUUACGUCAAGAAGCAACUCAGAAUCAAUCAAAGAAGCAAAAUGGAAAGAAGUCAGUGAACACUCGUGAUGCAGAUGAAGAUUCCAACGACGACAGUGAUGGAGAGGAGGAUAUUGAUGAGCCCGUAGAAGUCAAUGUCAGAAAGCCAAAGACUGCCAUGCAACAACGUCAAUUGGUCAGCGAAGCGUUUGCGGGAGAUGACGUUUUGGCAGAUUUCGCUGCAGAAAAACAAGCGGAAAUUGAUGCAGAGAAGCCUCAAGAGGUCGACACGUACCUUCCUGGUUGGGGAUCAUGGUCUGGAAAAGGAGUAAGAACAUCAAAGAAGAAAGCUGAAGAAAGGAAAAAACAAUUCACAAAGACAACUGCUGGUUUGGAUCCAACAAAACGUAAAGAUUUCGGCAUGUCCAAUGUGAUCAUCAAUCAAAAGCGUGAUAAAAAGGCAGACAAAUUCAAAAGUGAUGAUGUGCCUUUUCCUUAUACUUCUCGUGCACAAUAUGAGAUGGCAAUGCGUAACCCUCUUGGACCUGAAUGGAAUACCCGCACCCAACAUCAAAGGAUGACGUUACCAAAAGUUCUCACUAAACCCGGCAAAGCAAUCAAGCCAAUCGAGAAAUUAUUUUAAUAUAGAUCCAUCAUGUAUAUUACCAUCAUUUAAUUUACCUUUUCUCCUUUAAUCAUCACUUGGGAC